UCUCCGGUUCAAACAUCCAAAAAUGAUAAAAUUUAUUUUUCUGCUGACCGUUGCUUGGCAUGCCAGAACUGCGUACGCUGCUUGCGGCGACCAACAAGUAUUUCCCGAGCUGAAUUUCCAUCCAAGCCCUACAAAUUUGCAAUUUCCCUGUGAGUCAACGAAACGCAUUUACUUGACGACCAAACGUUACAUCCCGAAAAAUUUUAUCCUCACGCGCGCCCAAAUCCACCAGAAUGUGGUGUAUGCGUGUGCGCCUCGUUUAAGACAUGGCGUUCCCUUCACCGUGGCCAAGAUGACGCUGAAAAAGGGAAAUUGCGUGCCACCAGUUGAGCCUUAUCCAUGUUGGUCCAUUCAGGAGGAGGGAAAUUGUCAGGCAAUUCAAUCGUGUACAGAUCUUGUGCAUGACGCGCAAAAUAUUCUCUGGGUUUUGGAUUCGGGCGACACAAACACCUUGGAUCAACCGAUUCAUCGAUGCGAUGCCAAAGUGGUGGGAAUUUGCACGAAAACGCAUAAAGUUGUCAGUUCGGUCAGCCUUGGGGAUUUGGUGAACCAGAAGUCACGCCUUCAGCAUUUAGUUGUCGAAUAUGAUGACACGGGAAAUGCCUUCAUAUAUGUUGCUGACGGCGGCAAUAACUGUCUGAUUGUGUACGAUGUGACACGUGACAAAGGUUACAAAAUUGUCCUGCCACCGGCUUUGCACAAUGGCUGUGCAUCACGUGACGUCCUCUAUAUCACACUCAUCCGCAAGACAAAUGGUCUUUCGUACCUUUACAUGAAUUAUCUCUGCGGUACGAAUCUCUUCUCCAUCAAAACGAAGCACUUGCGACAAGGCGAGGGCUCGAGUGCCGUUGUCGAUCACGGCACCAUUCCGGGCGACAAGAAACUCGUGCAACUCGGUAACGAUAAUGCCAACUAUUUGUUUGUUCGUGGCAAGGACGAACGGAACAUUUAUUUGUACAACACGGAAACUUGUCUGAAAUCCAGCAACUUUGUUCUCGUGCAAAAGGGAGGGGAAUGUCGUCUUCCAACGCACGUUUUCCCCGGAUACCAAAACUACAUGUGGGUCAUUUCCUCCAACACACACCAUUAUGUGGCGGAUAAAGUGGGAUCCACUGGAGCAGAUAUCGCCAUUCAUCCGUUAGUCAAGGAUUGUGACUAAGCAUUUUUUUUUUCGCAAAGAAAUAGAAACUUUAAAAGUGCAAUUAAAUAAAUUAAAAGAUUGA